AUGAGAAAUAUGAAUGGUGCCGACCCAAACAGGAUCCUCAAUGAGUGCAGAGCUGUCGACCAAGCCAUUGACGAGAUUGAAGCCGACCUGCAGCGACUGAGAGGCCUUCAAUCUCGAUAUCUGGCUGACACGAACACCUCCGCUCAAUCCCCGCUGCGCAUUGAAGUCGACCGAACUGGAGAGAACAUCAUGACCAAAUACCGUGGCCUUGUGAGCCGUGUCAAAAACAUCAAACAACAGCCUGAGUCGGGGAAUCCCCGUAAUGCUCCGCAAGUCGGCAAAGUCGACCGAAGACUGAAGACUGCCAUCAACCAAUACCAACAGGUUGAACGGGAGUUCCGAAAGUCGUCGCAGGAGCAGAUGGCCAGACAAUACCGGAUCGUUCGUCCAGAUGCCUCCGAUGCCGAAGUUCGGGAAGCGGUCGAGGAUCCCAACAAUCAGCAAAUCUUUAGCUCCGCUCUGAUUCAGAGCGAUCGCCGCGGCGAGGCACAGACUGUCGCUAGAAACGUGUCGCAGCGUCACGAGGAUAUCCAGAAGAUUGAACGACAGAUGAUUGAGCUUGCCCAACUUUUCCAGGAUCUCGAGGCCCUGGUGGUGCAACAAGAACCUGCAGUCACACAAAUUGAACAACGAGGGGAGGAAGUCACAGAACAUGUCGCUAAAGCCAACAACGAACUUGAAGGAGCUGUUCUCAAGGCCAGAGCCGCCCGGAGGAAGAAGUGGAUGUGCUUGGGCAUUGUCGCACUCAUCAUCAUCAUCAUCAUUGUGGUGGUCGUGGUUGUCGUGGAGGUCACGAAGCACUAG